GCUCAGAAGGCUGCCGGUCUCGGGAUGGGGCAGGUCUUUGCAAAGCUGUUGAGCAUUUUCGGGAGCCGAGAGCACAAGGUAAUAAUUAUUGGAUUGGACAAUGCUGGGAAAACUACCAUCCUUUACCAGUUCCUCAUGAAUGAAGUCGUACACACAUCCCCAACCAUUGGCAGCAAUGUGGAAGAAAUUGUUCUACGCAAGACGCACUUCCUAAUGUGGGACAUCGGUGGGCAAGAGACCCUGAGGUCUACUUGGAACACCUACUAUUCCAACACCGAAUUUGUCAUUCUUGUGAUCGAUAGCACGGACCGUGAGAGGUUGACAGUGACAAAAGAGGAGCUGUACAAGAUGUUGGCUCAUGAGGACCUGCGCAACGCAGCUGUGUUGAUAUUUGCUAACAAGCAAGAUGUCAAAAAUUCUAUGUCCGCCUCUGAGAUCUCCAAGUUUCUGACCCUCAGCUCCAUUAAAGACCAUCCGUGGCAUAUUCAAGGAUGCUGCGCGCUCACUGGAGAAGGUCUUCCAGCUGGGUUAGAAUGGAUGACUUCUCGUGUUCAAGCUAACUGAUCGCCGCCAAAGCUACACUAGAGAAGAAAGACAACAUUUGUGUAUUUAUUUCCGUUUUGCAAAUGCUCAGGACGUAUGUGGACCUUGCCUGGGUUUUAUUUUCUUCCUGGAAGCCAUAAGACUGGAUUUUAUACAUUUCCAUGAGAUUGUGGAAGGAGACGCGAACUGUGUCUGCAGCGUAAGAGAUGAGCAGAGGUUUCUUCCAGACCAAUCUUGCUCCACAAAAGCUUCAUCGUACCAUAAAACAUCUGCGUGCGUGUGCGCAAAGGCUCUGCUUCGGCACCUUUCUUGCUUGAAUAGCAAAGCAGUCCAUGUAUCACGAAAGCCUUGUGAACUAAAGGAAGGUCAUGCAAAAGUUGCUGAAUGCAAAACCGCACAGCCUCCGAAAACCAAAAGUAUUUUGCUUUGCUAUAAGAGAGUCAGCAGGUGGUGAAAAAGCCACGUCGUCGAGCGUGCCUUGAUCUCGCAUUCCGGUUUCUGACACGUCUGGGCUCCGAUCCAAAUUGGCAGGUGUCCAAGAGACUUUUGGGACAAAAGAGCAUUUGAGAUUUCCCUUGUUCUCUUGGGAUAGUUCAUAUUUCUCUGUGGAUAGGACAGAAUGACCGAGAUGCUGCAUUUGUCCUUCAGUGUCCUUUUGGUUCCCACUAGCCUCUCUUCUAUUCCUUUUCUUUCUUUUUUUCUUUCGAGGCCUGGCUUUUUUAGUGUCCGUUAAUUAUUUAAUGUCACGGGGAAAAAAUCUUUGCCGCUGCUUUUGGAACGGUUUCUUUUUCCACAUUCAAGACAAGACUUGACUUGCCAGGUUUUUCUGCAGGCUGUUGUGGUGUUUCAGAAAACCAGUUUGCAUUACAGCAGGAAUAGCUCGAGAUAGGGGCAAGUCCAGUCCCUUCCUUGCUGAACGAGUUGCUCUUGAAUUAUUUUGCAACUUUUAAGACUUUUUGGAUGAAUUAUCUCAGCCAGUUUGCGAGGGGGCAGUUUGUACCCACUGCCUUAUGACCUCUUCAAUGCCUGUCUCCAUCUCACAUUAGUUAGUUAUUAGGCUGGGAAAGAGAUGCUUUAUAGCGCCUCGAUUUCGCCAACAUUAAGACGUUUAUAGGCUGUCGGACACUAAAGGUAAAGGAAUGCUUUCGGAUAUUGCUGCAUUUGACAAAGGCAAAUCACCUCCAUGCGCCUCCAUGCAUGUUCUCCUAUUAAGGGGGGAUUUUUUUUACAAUUGUGAUCUGUUUAGACUUUUUUUAAUGAACAUGUUUUCUUAUUAAAUGAUAUUUAUUUUU